AUGACCGGGGCAUCUAUUAACGAGAUUCACUUUACGUUGCUUGAUGCGAUGCAAAAACUGCCUGUGGGUGUUUAUUGGACUAAUAAUGUAGUGAGUGUGGUGGCUAUUCUGUUUGCUAUCUUUUGUGUGUUGUAUUUGAUAGAUAAUGCUAAACGAUCAUGUAGUCGGUUGCGGCAGUAUAAUGAAGUAUUGAAAAAAACAGCUGGUAAGGAGGUAGAUGAGCAGACUGUUUUGCGGGUGAUAGAUGAUUUUGUGAAAGGUCGGACUGGUAGUUAUGCUGAUAGUUGGUUGGGUCAAUUCUUUCGGUGGCUUAGUGGGGGGAAAAUGGUGGUUGUCUUUUUAGUGGGGAUAGGUGCGAUUAUUAUGCUGGUUUUCUGUUGGGGGUAUAUUUUAGAUAUUUAUCUGUCGCAAUUCAAGAGUCUUUAUGGUCCGGAGUAUGUUAGUAUUACAUAG